AUGUCUGGAGAGGAAAACGAUGUGCCAGCAUCCGUCACGUCCCUUCGAGCCCGCUUCGAGCAGCUGUCAACCUCGACAUCCUCGGCUCCACCUGCACCCUCUACCAGAACGACGCCGCGAGCGAAGGAGACCGCGGCGAACACGACAGUGUGGGAAGCGGCGUCAGAGGGGCGGGACGAUGGAAGCGGAGGAGCUACAGGAUGGACUCAAGGACCCUCUGAGGCCGCUUCUUCGCGGGGAGACGCAUCUCUCCAGCUAGAGACGGCCGUCAAGGCUGCGCCGAUGCGUCCGCCAAAGCCCCCAUCGCUUCCUCGACCUCUUUCUGUUCACGGCACGUCGCCGCCUGUCGCCGGAAUGCCCAGCCUAGCGCCGCCCGCGCCUGUUCUUCCCUCCAAAGUCCCGCAAGAACUGCCAAACCCUCCUUCAAUUCCUUCUCGGCGACCAGAUGAAGCAUCUCUCGGUAUACACGAGGUUACGCCAUCAACGCCUGCACCGCCGAAGAUUGGCAUCAUCCGGGCAGACUCGUCUCGUCGACCCGCUCCGCCUCGUCCAGCGCCUCGUCCAGCGAGCAGCGCCUCUCUCGCAACGACCCCGUCUCUGGACGACACGCAGACGCCGAGUCUAGGCAGCCUUCAGCCUCAGAUCCUCUCGCCACGUCCGUCUCUUACGCCUUCAUCAAGCGGCUCGGUGCGAGACCUGGCAGCACGGUUCAACUCGCCAUCACCCUUGUCGAGCUCAUCACCAGCCUCGGCAGAUUCGCAGUCCCCAGCUCCCGAUGCCGCCGCUCGCAAUGGGACGGACGAACCGGCUGAGGUCUCGCUUGCCGGCAUCGCGCGGUCUUCGCCGAAACCACUUCCGGACGAUGUCAGCGCGGAUCUGGAGGCCGACUCGUCUUCAGAAGGAUCGAUCUACAGCAGCUCGUCGGACGGCGAGACAGAGGAGUCGCGCGCACUGCCGCCUGCGAUUCCACCUCGACCAAGAAUCGUCGAACAACGACCGAGCGAUCCACCACCUCUUCCCAGUCGCUCGUCAACCGCGUCCUCCGCCGAAUCGGCUGCAGCGGCGCCGGCUGGCUCCAACUCGAUCCUCGUCCCGCCAUCAGCCUUCACGCGAUCUCCCUCCAACUCGCCAUCUCUCCCUCCCCGACUCUCGUCACCACUUGCACCGCCGCUGCCUGCGCGCAGCGCCUCGAUCCCUGCUGUGCCCCCGCGACCAUCGUCGACGAAUGCUGCGCCGACCUCGUCGUCGACUGUACCUACCCCGACCCUGCCUUCGACCACACCCUAUGUCCCUCCGCCUCCUCCGACCCGUUCAGCCGCCGCCGGUGACCGUCCUCCUGUGCGACCGAACAUCAAGAGCGCCAACGACUACGGAUCUUCCGAAGACGAGGACGACGAGUCUGCGCGAUCGCAGGAGUAUCCCGACGCUACGUUUGCCAACCGUCGACCGCCCGUCCUGCGGCAGCGUCGACACGUCCAGGCGACAAACAUCUUCUCCGCAUGGACGGUUCGCAGCGAAAAGGUCGUCACGGCGCAUCACCGCAUCCAUCUGUGGCGCCCGUCAGAGACGAAGGUUGCUGCAGACUCGCUCGAGGUGGCUUCCGAUCCGCAGAAGUUCGUCGCGCUGGAAUGGCGCGCUGCUGAUGCGGAACGAGCGGAAGACGAGGGUCGAUACGUUUGGGCUGGGACGAAGGAGGGCGCGAUCUGGGAGAUCGACCUGGAGCGGAUGGUCGUGUCCGGCUCCCGCACCAAUGCCCAUGCAGGUCCGGUCGUCGGCAUCUACAGGCUGGGCCGCGCCAUGGUGACCGUCGACGAGUCGGGCAAGGUCCUCUUCUGGGGCGCGAGUGCCGAGAACGAGGGCAAGGCGGCAUCGCUGUCGGCUAUUCCUGCGCAGCACCGCGUCCCGGACAGGCAGAACUUCGUCGCGCUCGUCGGCGACGAGCUGUGGACGUCGUCGGGUCCGGUCACGAAGGCAGGAGCGCCUGCGGUCGCGAUGCGCAGCCCUCAGAUCCGAGUCUUCGACCCCGCCGGCAUCAAGGGCGCUUUCUCCUCUCUCUCGCGGCCGCUCGUCACGCCCGAGUCGGCCGGCUCAAUCGGCGCCGUCACCUCGCACGCCAUCAUUCCCGAGCAAAGCCACCUCGUCUACCUUGCUCACGACAACGGCUACGUGUCGGUCUGGGAGAGAGGGUCUUACGCGUGUGUCAAGGUCCAGCGGAUCUCGCCGUACGGCGUCACCGCGCUUACAGGCGUCCGCAAGUAUCUCUGGGCGGGUUUCCGCAGCGGCCACAUCAACGUCUACGACGUCUCAUCCGAUGUCUGGGUCGUCACCAAGUCCUGGAAGGCGAGUAAAGACCCCAUCACUCGCCUCGUGGUCGACCCGUCGUCGCUCUGGCAUGACGGCUCUUUACAAGUGGCGAGCGCGUCGAGCGACAUGGUCUGUCUAUGGGACGGCUUCCUCCGCGAAGACUGGAUCGAUGCUGAACUGCACCUCCGCCAACCCGACUUCUGCACUUUCCGCACCAUUCGAACCCUCUCGAUCUCUUGGAACGUCGACGCAUCCCGUCCGAGCGACUUGCACGGCUCUGUCGACAACCUCGAGUUCCUGCGCAACGUUCUGACGAGCGUCGACAGCCCCGACAUCAUCUCGUUUGGUUUCCAGGAGAUGAUCGACUUGGAGGACAAGAAGCUGACAGCCAAGUCAAUGCUUCUCGGCAAGAAGAAAGCGACCGACGGCAAGAUGUCGGACAGCAUCAGCUCAGCAUACCGCGUCUGGCACGACAAGCUCAUUCAAGCCGUCCGCCUGAACAUGCCGGCCGAGACGCCCUACACCGUCGUGCACGUUGGCGACAUGAUCGGGCUUUUCACCUGCAUCUUCGUCAAGACGAGCGAGGCGGCGCAACUGCGCGACGUCGCUUUGGUCACUGUCAAGACCGGCAUGGGCGGUCGCUACGGGAACAAGGGCGCCAUCUUGUCUCGCUUCGUAAUCGACGACUCGUCGGUCUGCUUCAUCAACUGCCAUCUUGCGGCUGGUCAGACGCAUAGUCGUCAGCGGGAUCGCGACGUCGUCGACAUCCUCGAGGACAAGUCCUCCUUCUCUGAGCUCGGCUCUUCGUCUCCUGGCGCGUACGCACCCGGAAGCACGGGUACGAUGGUCUUUGAUCACGAACUGGCGAUCCUGAGCGGCGACCUGAACUAUCGAAUCGACGCUCGUCGCGACAACGUCGUCUCGGCUGUUGCGAGCGGAAACUUCGAGAGCCUCCUCGAGCACGACCAACUUCUCAAAAACCUCGCAACAAACCAAGCGUUCCGCCUACGGUCCUUCAAGGAGCCUCGCAUCACCUUUCCGCCCACCUACAAGUACGAUCCCGGCACCGACUUGUACGACUCCUCGCCGAAGCGACGGAUCCCCGCCUGGUGCGACCGGAUCCUGUACCGCUCCGACCGCGAGAAAGUCACGCCGCUGCACUACAAGCGCUACGAGGUCAAUGUCUCCGACCAUCGCCCCAUCUCGGCUGCUUUCGACAUGCAGAUCAAGCGGAUCGACUCGAAGAAGCGGGCGGCUGUUUGGGCGGAGGUCGAGAAUGCGUGGUUCUCGGUGGAGACGUCGGCUCUCGAAGACGCGCGGCGCUUCUAUGCCGAGACGUGGUAG